CUCGACAAUCCACCUGAAGGUCUCGCGAUUAAAGAGGAAGAUCCUGACAAUAAAGACUACCUCUUGAGCAAGCCUGUGGCGAUGGUGGCAAGGAAAAACUCUCUCAGAUGACAUGAGGAAGAAACCUCGAGAGGAACCAGACUCAAAAGGGAACCCAUCCUCAUUUGGGCAACAACAGACAUGACUAUAACAUUAACAGUCCUAACAUAAAGUCGGCUUCAUUGAUGCUAUAAACCCCCCACCAACGGAAACCCGAGCGCAAAACUGUUCAUGACAACCGCACUCCCAAAGUCAGCAAGUCAACUACAGUCCCCAGCCACAUUUACUUCUCGGGCCGUGAGCAUAAGCCAUGCAGUAAACAACACUCUGCUGCAAGUCUUUUCCUGCUCCACAUGUCCUCGUUCCUAUGCAUCUCAAAUGUAUCUCCACAAACACAUCCAGAAAUGCCACUACGAAGAGUAUGAAAGACUUCGGGAAUCAGGAGAGAUUAAAUGUAAGCUUCAGAUACCCUCCGAGGGCUCCAGUCGUCAGCCAACAUCAUCUGAUCCUUUCAGUUCUGAAACUUCUCACAAUGAUAUGCAGAAGGAAAUUCACCACUGUUCAGACUGUGGAAAGAGUUUUUGUCAUCAGAAUGCACUCAAAACUCACCAGAGGAUUCACACAAGAGAGAAGCCACAUCACUGCUCACAGUGUGGAAAGAGUUUUAGGACACAAUCUCAUCUCAAACAACACCAGUGGUUUCACACAGGAGAGAAGCCGUAUCACUGCUCACAGUGUGGAAAGAGUUUUACGACACAGAAUAAUCUCCGAUUACAUCAGCAUAUUCACACAGGCGAGAAGCCAUAUCACUGCUCACAAUGUGGGAUGCGUUUUACUCGUCGCAGCGAUCACCAGCGACACCAACACAUUCAUGCCGGAGAGAAGCCGUAUCACUGCUCACAAUGUGGGAUGCGUUUUACUCGUCGCAGCGAUCACCAGCGACACCAACACAUUCAUACCGGAGAGAAGCCAUAUCACUGCUCACAAUGUGGGAUGCGUUUUACUCGUCGCACCGAUCACCAGCGACACCAACACAUUCAUACCGGAGAGAAGCCAUAUCACUGCUCACAGUGUGGAAAGAGUUUUACUCAACAGUAUAAACUCCAACGACACCAGUGGAUUCACACAGCAGAGAAGCCGUAUCACUGCUCACAGUGUGGAAAGAGUUUUACGAGACAGAGUCAUCUCCAAGAACACCAGUGGAUUCAUACAGGAGAGAAGCCGUAUCACUGUUCACAGUGUGGAAAGAGUUUUACUCGUCAGAGUUCUCUCCAGUUACACCAGCGCAUUCACACAGGAGAGAGACCGUAUCACUGCUCACAGUGUGGAAAGCAUUUUAUUCGUCAUACUGAUCUCCAGCGACACCAGCGUAUUCACACAGGAGAGAAACCGUAUCACUGCACACAGUGUGGAAAGAGUUUUACUCAUCAGAGUUCUCUUCAAUUACACCAGCGCAUUCACACAGGAGAGAAGCCGCAUCACUGCUCACAGUGUGGAAGGAGUUUUACGACACAGAGUCAGCUCCAGAGACAUCAGCGGAUUCACACAGGAGAGAGACGGUAUCACUGCUCGUAGUGUGGAAAGACAUAUUCCAUUAGAUUCGAGACCCACAAGUGCACUAACUCAAUGCAUGAUUUAAAGUGGCAGUGGAAUGCAUUUAUUCAGUAUUUGAAAUUCUCUGAUGUCUGAUAGAAAGUAUGAUUUGGCCCUAUAAUGAGACGAGCUGUAUUCCCUUUUUGGUGCUCUCAUUACUGUAUUGAUGAGUUCUGCUCUGAUUUGCUUUUUUGCAGCGCGAUGGUUCACACAGGCACCACGAUAGCCAGGGUUGCCGGAUAUUUUUUUAUGUAAUUCAAUCAAGUAGUUAUUUCAAACUCAUUCAUCAUAAAGCAAUUGUCAGUCUGAACACACAGGAUUUUUUUUACAGUCCAAAUAUUAUUAGAAAUUUCCCAAACUUUAAUAUAAAUCUGACAACCCUGGCUGUGACUCAAAGCAACAUGGUGAAAUGGAGAGUUAGAAUGGAUGUUUCUCUAAGUAACCGAACUAGUUAUUUUUUAAGUUAUGUCUUGUUGAUGAAAUUUAAAUGAGAGAUUUACUUGACAAAAGGGUUGAUAAAGAUGCAUGUGAUAUUGUUGAUUUAUGACAAUGCAAGCCAUUUCUUUGAUCUGGCUUAAAUCAUCAAAAAGUGAAUAAAAUCACACAGUAUGCGUAGCUACUUGCAGGUUCUUGUAGAAUGCUACACCUCGUGGACCGAACAAAGGACUCCAGUAAGAGCAGGAAUAUCGAUAUCAACAAUGACUGGUGCACCAAACACCCUUAAUCUUGUUGUGAUUGUGCAGUGAUGGUUGUCCUUGUUCUGUUCAUAACCAUAACUGCAGAACUAGUGUAAUGGCUGUGCAGGUCCAUGGUAAUGUACUGUAGCUUGAACUUGAACGUGGACUGGUGGAUGCAACUUUUUGUGCAUGAAUAUUAAUGAAUCUUAGAAGUUACGAAAUGCUUCCGGAUUUUGGAAUUGGCCUAUUUUACCACCCUCUUUUGCAUAUACAGGAUUUGCAUUUGAAAGAGGGGACAACCGUGUUUGCGUUUCAAGAUACACCAGUUCCGUGUACUGAACUCUCCUUUUUCAACUAUGCCAAUGCAAAUAGGAAUUUCCAUUCUAUGGUACAUGUAAAGUUGUCAAUUUAUACACUCACCGACCACUUUUAAUAGGAACUUGUUCUUGAUUCUAAGAUUCCUUUUGGCUGGCAGGAGUGGAACCCAAUGUGGUCUUCUGCUGUUGCAUGCUGAAAUGCUUUUCUGCUCACCACGGUUGUAAAGAGUGACUAUAUGGGUUACUAUAUCCUUCCUGCCAGCUCGAACCAAUCUGGCCAUUUUCCUCUGACCCUCUCUUAUUAACGAGAUGUUUCCACCCACAGAACCAUCGCUCACUCAGUGUUUUUGGCACCAUUCUGCGUAAACUCUAGAGACUGUUGUGUGAGAGAACCCCAGGAGAUCAGCAGUUUCUGAAAUACUCAAACCAGUCCAUCUAGCACCAACACCCAUGCCACAGUGAAAGUUACAGACAUCACAAUUUUUCCCAUUCUGAUGUUUGAAGUGAACGUUAACUGAAGCUCUUGAUUUGUAUCUGCGUGAUUUUAUGCAUUGUAUUGUUGUCAAGGGAUUGGCAAAUUGAAGAACUGCAUAACAGCAGGUGUAUGGGUGUACCUGAUAAACUGGCUGGUGAGUAUAUAUGUUUAUUGUUGCUGUAUUUUGAACUGAAUUUCCCAUUUUAAUUAUCUUUACUUUCUGUGGAUGAUAAAAUAUAUAAUCUAAUGGUAAUGUUUAAAAUAAGACCAUUGUUUUUCUUUUGACCGUAAGUAGUCACAACAUUUAUUACAUUAAUGGCUUUUAGCUUUUAUUCAGAGUGAUGUACAACACACCCAGAGCAGCCUGGAGAGCAGUUAGGGGUUAGGUGCCUUGCUCAAGGGCACUUCAGCCAUUCCUGCUGGUCUAGGGAAUCAAACCAGCAACCUUUUGGUCCCAAAACUGCUUCUCUUACCAUUUGGCCACAGCCAGGCCAUCAUCACCAUGCAAGUAAUGCAUUAAUUACAACACUAUUAUCAGUGUAGUACUGCAGCAUUAGGGUUAAAACAGAACUAAAACAGAGCCAGUGAGAUACCAGACAGUUUAAUUGUCAUCAAACUCAAGUCACAUGUGAAGAGUAGAAACAGUACCAACAUUUUCAGUUCAUUGAAAGAUUCUGUGCAUGAUUUACUUCCUCUAGCCAUAAAAUACUGUAACGGAGUCCCAACUAUUGAUAGAAAGGCUGUUGGAUUUUGUUGAUUCAUGCUCCAGGACAUCGGACUCAUAGUUCAUAACCUAUUUAUAAAGUUAUGAUUACAUUCCUCAGCCUUGCAUUUCAUGGGGGGGACCACAUCCUGUGAGUUUAGCACCUGUAGUGAAGAUUUCCAUCCAGCGGGGAAGUGUGGCAUAAUGUUGCUUACCAUCCUCAUUGAAACCAGCUCAACACCUGUUAAUUUGGUGCUUUGGUGUUGGUGUGCAUUAACACCAGAGAGUGUACCUUGAGCCUGAAAAUGUGAGAUGUAACUUGUCUAGAAUGGCCUGCACACUGGUGGAGGCACAGGAGGAUCCUGCCACUUCUGGCCAUUGGAAUGUCGAAAAUGCCUGUAGGGCUCUCGAGAGCCUAAAAGGCAAAGGUUUGAACUCAAGACAUACCAGUGUUCUGGGGUGGUAGUGAAUAUGGAAGUAUACAUCGUGCAGAUCCAGUGACAUGAAUGUACAGCACAAACAUUUGACAGCUUCAGCAUGUGUGAAAGAAGGACUUGAAAGAACCAAUUUAGUCCUCUAAGAGUCAGAGUACAAUGGGAGUUGCUUUCUUUUUUUCUAAACAAGAAUGCCUGGUGACACCACCAUUGAUGCAAUGCAAAAGGCAUGCAGUUCAGGCCAAUCCUAUCACCGCCUACUAGCCAAGGCUUGGACCACGGGGCCUCGGCACAUAGCUAACCACCUGGUGCUUAACUGUCAAUUGAUGUAGUAUUUUCUGUUUUUCAGUGAUUGAAUUGAUCUCGAUGAUUAUAACAAUUUGUGUAUCCAGUAAGGGUCUUAGUUCACUCACAGUGCAUAUGUCUGUACUUUGCUCAUUCAUAAUGUAAACAUCGGUUUAUUGGGUCAAGAUGAUUGUCUUUAUUCAUGUUUUCUUUUAGCCUUGGGUAUUAUUUAUCUGGUCUAGAGUGUGUCCUUUACAUGUACACAUCAACAUCAGAAUAUAAGCUGGCUGUGUUCGACUUCUGUUUAGACCUAGACCAAGACUAAGAUUGUUGCCAAGGUUGUCUUUGUGGGCCCAAUAAAUAAUCUCUUUUAUUAAA